AUGGUGGCCCUCCUCAACGUGCGGCCCCACCCCGAGGCGGUCGCGGCCUGGAUCGCCACCCACCCCGGCCUCUCUCGUCACGUGCAGCGCACAAUAUGGCUGCGGCGCGGGGACGGCGGCGGCGGCGGCGCUGCGGGCGACGAGGCGGCGCUCGCGGCGGCGCUGCGCGCGCCGGGCGCGGUGCCGGAGGGCGUCACUGGCGUGCGCAUCCUCUCGUCUCCUGCCAGGCUCGCGGCGAGCAUCGUGGACCUGGUCGAUGACGUCAUACCCCUGGACCCCCGCGCCCCCAGCCACCACCUGUGCGUCGCGCGCCUGCCCGCCGGCGGCGACUGGACCGCGGGGCAGCGCGGAGAGUGGAACGGCCAGAGCUGCCCAUGGGCGGGCCAGGCCACUGUUGGGCGCCCGGGGCGGCGGCGGCGGGCCGCGGCAGCCAAGGCGGGGGACGGCCAGGCCGCCGACGCGGGAAGCGGCGGCCUCUGCGGGCCCGCGACCCGGAAGCGCGACGGCGGCCCCGACGGCGACGGGGUGGUCGGUGUCAUUGGCAACGCUGUGACGCGCCACGAGCUGCGCUGGUGCUUCGUGCCGGCCGGCUGGGGCUGGAUUAUGCCGCCAGAGCCGGGGGACGGGCGGUUUGACGGGGCGGCCGGCAGCGCGGUGCACAAGCUGGACGAGGCCCUGAGGCUGCUGGGCCUCGACACGCGCGCCCACCACGCCGCGGGCCGCGCCGGCGGCGGCGGCGGCGGCGCCCCCUGGGCGAUCGACCUGGGCGCGGCGCCGGGCGCGUGGACGCAGCACCUGGCGGGGGCCCUCGGCUACCGCGUUGUGGCGGUCGACCCGGGGGCGCUCGCGCCGGAGGUGCUGACGCUGCCGGGCGUGCACCACGUGAGGGCGCUGUCAGAGGACGCUGCCGGCGCGGUGCGCGCACUGCUGCGCGGCGGCGGCGGCGGCGGCGGCUGUGGCGGCGACGGCGGCGGCGGGGAGGGUGAGGCGGCAGAGGGUGAGGGCGGGGCGGAGGUGCUAGUGAGCGACAUGAACAUGCACCCCUUUGAGGUCGCGCCGGUUGUGCUGCCCUUGCUGUCGCUCCUCAAGCCGGGCGGGCUGCUGGUGCUGACCCUCAAGCUGCCGGGCACGGGGCGCAACCGCACAGAGCUCGUGGCGCGCACGGCAGAGCAGCUGCGCACGCUGAUCGCGCGGCGCGCGGCGGCGGCGGCGCCUCCGGCGGCCGCGGGCGAGGCGGCGCCAGCAGCGGCAGCGGCGGCGGUGGUGCCGCUGGCGGCGGCGGCGGCGGCCGCGGAGCCUGUGUUGGCAGUGGUUGCGUGA